GGCACAGGCCUGAGCCGAGCCUGCAGCUCGCCGCUCGUCUCCCGAGCCCUGCGCUUCGCCUCCCGGCCGGAGGAGGAGGUGGAGGAGGAGGAGGCACCGCCUUCCCCGCGCCGCGCUCUCGCCGUUGUCUGCGCUCCGCUCUGGACCAGUUUGGGGAAGUUGCCGUGGCUCCUUGUCGCCCAGAUGUGCGACCUCAUUGAACCGCAACCGGCCGAGAAGAUCGGCAAGAUGAAGAAGUUGCGGAGAACUUUGUCGGAGAGUUUCAGUCGCAUCGCUUUGAAGAAAGACGACACCACCUUUGAUGAGAUAUGUGUCACAAAGAUGUCUACACGGAACUGCCAGGGAAUGGACUCAGUGAUCAAACCCCUGGACACAAUUCCUGAGGAUAAAAAAGUCAGGGUUCAGAGGACGCAGAGCACUUUUGACCCAUUUGAGAAACCGACUAAUCAAGUAAAGAGGGUGCACUCGGAGAACAAUGCCUGCAUCAACUUUAAGACGUCCUCUACCGGCAAGGAGUCUCCUAAAGUUAGGCGGCACUCCAGCCCCAGCUCGCCAACAAGUCCCAAAUUUGGAAAAGCUGACUCAUACGAAAAACUGGAAAAGCUAGGGGAAGGAUCUUAUGCUACAGUAUACAAAGGAAAAAGCAAGGUUAACGGGAAGUUGGUGGCCCUGAAAGUGAUCAGGCUGCAGGAAGAAGAAGGUACACCUUUUACAGCGAUCAGGGAAGCUUCUUUGUUAAAAGGACUAAAGCAUGCUAACAUAGUGUUGCUUCAUGAUAUCAUCCACACCAAGGAGACACUGACACUUGUGUUUGAAUAUGUGCACACUGAUUUAUGUCAGUACAUGGACAAGCACCCUGGGGGGCUACAUCCAGAUAAUGUGAAGUUGUUUUUAUUUCAGUUGCUGCGAGGGCUGUCUUACAUCCACCAGCGUUAUAUUUUGCACAGAGACCUGAAACCACAGAACCUUCUCAUCAGUGACACGGGGGAGUUAAAGCUGGCAGAUUUCGGUCUUGCAAGAGCAAAAUCGGUCCCUAGCCACACAUACUCCAAUGAAGUGGUUACCUUAUGGUACAGACCUCCAGAUGUCCUCCUGGGCUCCACUGAAUAUUCUACCUGCCUUGACAUGUGGGGAGUUGGCUGCAUCUUUGUUGAAAUGAUCCAAGGAGUUGCUGCUUUUCCAGGGAUGAAAGACAUUCAGGAUCAACUAGAACGGAUAUUUCUGGUUCUUGGAACGCCAAAUGAGGACACUUGGCCUGGAGUUCAUUCUUUACCACAUUUUAAGCCAGAACGCUUCACCGUAUACAGCUCUAAACACCUUAGACAAGCGUGGAAUAAGCUCAGCUAUGUGAAUUAUGCAGAGGAUCUGGCCUCCAAGCUCCUACAAUGUUCCCCAAAGAACAGACUAUCGGCACAGGCUGCCUUGAGCCAUGAGUAUUUUAGUGACCUGCCCCCACGGCUAUGGGAACUGACCGAUAUGUCUUCUAUUUUUACCGUCCCAAAUGUAAGAUUGCAACCAGAGUCUGGAGAAAGCAUGAGGGCCUUUGGGAAAAACAAUAGUUAUGGCAAAAGUCUAUCAAACAGCAAGCACUGAUGAGCACAGCAUUCUCAAGAGAGCACAGGAUUAAGUUGUCAUCAUUCUGGGAAGAAAAAAAGAAAAACAUUAAUGAAGUGGCCAAUAAUAGGAAAGGAAUCAUGGAUCAGUUUCCUUUCUCUCCCUGUGGUGGAUUUCACUUACAAGGAAAUUGAAGCUGGCAAGACCCUGUUUUCUCUGCAAUUUAUUUAAAACCUUGCACGCAUUUGGAUACCUUGUGAUUUCCAAGAACUAUGCGAAGAUUAAGCUUUGCUUACUGACACAUGGCAUGUAUUUUUCAGUCUUUUGUGUAUGAUUUUGUUUGAUUUCCCUCUGCAGCACAGCGUCUCCGUGAAGGUUUUAUGCUUUUACCAACCAUGUCUUAAAUACAUUAAGACAACACAUUUGGAGUUCACACUUCUUCAGUAAUAUCUGUACUUGAAAGCCACAUGGUGGCAUAAAACAAUGUGUGCUUUCCUUGAGAACAGUGCACAUUUCGCAACCACUAGGAAGGAAAUGUUCAGCUAAAAAGCAAACCCAUGUUCUCUGAGUGACUUGACAACUUGGUCGCGGGCCAUGGGGCCCCGCUUGUCGCCUACCUUUGGAGAACAUUUGCGAGUGUGUUUUUUUUCUUCCUCGGAUACACCACACAUUUAUAUAGGGUAUCAGAUUCUGCUUAGCAUUUUCGAGCCACGUAGCAUGACUUGUUUUCCAAGUAGGUUGGAAGUGAAGAAACAACUCUCAAGCAUUAAGAACAAAGACAGGGAUAAAUUACUUACUUUUCAACCUCUGGAGAUCAAGGUAACUUUUUACAUGUUUUCUGGGUCUUGUCAACAUCUUAUUUUUUCCAUCCACUCUUUUACACUUUGCGUUUUCUUAGUGGAGAACAGAAUGUUUAAAAGUUGGGUGCACAAGAAUUGGAUCCGUUGGAUAAGCUCGGAAAGCCGUCUUUGCCAGUUAACAUUUAAAAAGCAAACUACAAAGUGAUCCAGAGUUAAAAAUUGGCUCAUUUACACCAAAGCACCUUUCAAUUACAUUUUUUUAAACAUUCCAAGCUGACUGGAAGCCAUCAUUGGGUACGCUAACUUUAAACCAUCUCCUGGAAAGACUGUUUGAAUGCAGGUUUUAGAAGCAAUACAGGAGUCUUGCAUUAAAGAUGGGAAGGAGAAAAAGAAGGGCCUGGCUUCCCUUGUUUAAAGAGUUGAGAGACCUUGGAGGAGGAAGGCAAGUAUGCGACAUGGAGGGAAAAAUGGGCUGGGCAUUUGCUGAGCUUCAAUCCGGAGGGAAGGCUGUCUGAUGCAGCCUGUCUCCCCAGGGGACGGGCCUCGCUGCAGAACCCCAGACAAUACCGAGGCCACGGGGGUAGUGAGGAAAUUUAUCUAAAGCAUGAAACCCAGCUCCUCAGGACACAAAUUCCUACGGAAAUACUACAUGUACAUUGUUUUACAUGUUCCUAUUAGUCAGAAAGAAGGCGAGACCAAGAACUUGAAACGCAUCACACUUUGGGGGAUCAAGUCUAGGAACUGUGAGCCAGUUUGACAAAGGCUUUCUCAGAGUCAGCCAAGGGAAGAGCUUUUCUGUAGCUGAACCCAGUAAACCUAAAGAAUUGGACCCAGAAUUCCUAAACAUUCAAAAGGUACCUUCCCUGGAGUGGGGUGUGAGUAUAUAAUACAUUCAAGGUCCCAAUCCAUCCUAUCCAGAAGUAGCAUUCUUUGUAAACUUCUACAUGUUAAGUGGUGAAUUAUUUACUGAUGGAUGUUAAAAGAGAGCAAAAGUUACCCAAAGCUAGAGUGUUUCCUGUUUGCUACCUGGAAGUGUUUCCCAUUCUCCUUUCAUACAUUCCAACUCAUUGGAAGUCUUUAGAGGUAUUUUGAUUUAACAUGUAUUUAAGUUAGGAUUUUCUUACAGUAAAUGUGGAGAAGAAAAUGUUACACGCAAUUGAAAACAGGCUUGCCUGUGAUUUGUCUUGAAUUAUUCAUUUGGGAGCGAGCAUAACUUUUGUAUUUUACUAAGUUUAAACCAAGAGCAACUGAUGAUUCAAUCUUGCUAUUUAAUAAAUAUUUAGUGUUAAAAGACUUCAAUUAGGAAUGUUAGAGUCAUUCAGAGAUCUGUGCCCCAGUCAUAGGCAGCUUCUCUGGGGAAAUGAAACAUAACAGCACUCAGUGGGGGAGGGGUCCUGUUUUAUUACAGAAACAAACCACUCAGAAGAUCCUCCUUAGGAACUUCCAGUUCCCCGUCCCUGCCAUCAGUACUGAACAUCCAAAGCUUGGCUUGUCUCUCUCCUUUCCUCUCCCACUUGCCAUCACGUUCUCCCUCCCCUUCUUUUCCCACCUUCUGGAGCUGAGGACAGCCAUGAAAAUCGUGACAGAAUGUGUUCAUUAGCAGAUGUAUUAUUCUGUUGAGAAAGCACUGGAAUGUUUUGUGAGACUAUUUUUAUAUGAAGGAGUAGUUUGAAUUCAAACAGCUGGACUAGUAAGAAUGCAUUAGCAUGAGGAUUGUAUCAAUGCAGCAUCACUGCACACACAGUAUCCUGAAAGGAAAUGUGGGACUUCAUUUCCAUGUUCUUAAAGGAAUGGUAUGGUUGACUUAAAAACACAAGAUAUGUAGGACAUGAAAAAAAUUGUUUGCAGUGCUCAGAAGAAACGGGGGCAUAAAACAGGGGUGGCUGUCCAUCCACUGAUACAAGGGUGAGAAGCUAUUUCUACCUCGUAAGAGCGAUGAGAAAAGUUUCCAGGGGCACCUCCAGGCUCGCAGAGAAAGCGAGCCUCGGGGUGUCCUUUCCUCAGUGUGUACCUGACGGCCAGUGUAAUCAAUACCCUAGGUUAUGCGUCUAUAUAAGAUACUCAUCUGUGAAUAUUACUGGUUUUGUAAUCUUUGUUAUAUAAGAGGAAGUUUAGGCUGUACAUACCGGGGUAGAUUAUUGCCUGCCCCCUAUACAUAGGAAUAUGCUGCAUAAUUGUGCAUAACUUCCAUCUCCCUUACUGGCUUGUAGGCAGGGGAAAUCACAUACGUCACUGCCUUGCAGUUUUCAUAUACACACACAUACAAAAAGAAAAAAGGCAAAAAAAAAAAAUCAACAAUCUUCUAUUCUCAUUCCCUUCCUACAGCAGCAUAUUUUAGAGGCACAUAUAAAAUCUACAUUCUCUAGGUGGGAGUGGAUUUUUUUUUAUUUUUCUUUUAUUUUUUUUUCUGUAUGAUACACUGAGAUGUACUUUCUAAUGGGGUUGGUACCUAAGAAAUGUGCUAGCAUCAUUCAGAAAACUAUUAUACUUCAAAAUGACACAUAGCAAGGAGAAUGGAAUAAUACAUGUUGCAUUUGUUACCAAUUGUAAUUUGUCUGUAUUAUGAAAGAUGUAAUGGUUUGUCAACUGUUGCUGUUGUUUUC